UCAAGCGGACGUGUUUCGCGCGUGAAUUCUGCUACAGUGACUGAGCCAGAGCUGCCAUAGUCCGUGCCUGUCUUCAGCUACGUCUCGGUUACGUCGCCCACGGUAAUAGGGGCAGGCGUUAGGCGGUAGGCGGUAGGCGUGGCGUGCGCAUCCUCGUGGCAGAAGCCAAAAUUUGCACGUGCUUUUAACGUGGCCAAAUCAGAGAAAUUGUGAAAUUCGCGCACUUCCUGCAACGCAAGCAACAAAUGUGAAAACAAAGUGCCAACAAAUCAGACGAAAGGACGCAUCCAAACGAAAACCCUCAACAGUAAAGAAGAAGAGCAAACAGGAUAACGCCGGCGGCAGUGCAAAUCGAAUUCAACUGUCCCCUAGUGCAAAACGCUCAACGAAAUCCAAAAAAACACAUAACAAAAAAGCAAGAGCAGAAAAACAACUAACAGAAAAUCAAUAAAACAAAUUUGUGGAACUGCCGAUUGGCUUAAACGCAAAGAAAAGUCCAUGCAAAACUCGAUACGUGCAGCGCCACAACAGCAGUGCGGCAAUUCGUGUGUGUGCAGCCUGGCCAAGAGGCAGGAGCGUGUGUAAUGCCGGAAGUGGAUGCCGGUUAACGCCAGUCGCAUAGCAGCCAAAGCCAAGCCAAGCCAAGCCCAGCCAGCCCGGCGGCAACUGGAGCCCAGGCUCAGCUCGCAGGAUAAUGGAUUAUACGCAGGCCAAGUGUUUAAUGCUAUCCUUUCUGUGCGCCCUGAGUGCGGCCAGCGCCGAAGGCGAAAUAAUAUUUCGCAUCGAUCCCUUGGCUCUUUUAUCGGCCACACUGCGCACAUAUCAGAAGGCGGCCUGUGAUACGGAUCAGGUGGUAAUUGCGUGCCCGCGCGGCACCAGCAUUUCAAUUGAAUUUGCCCAGUACAACAAGUUCGUGGCGAAAGAUGGCUACAGCAUUGAGGAGUUGUGCCCCGUCACCGGCACCGUGAAGCCCGAGAUACGUGGCAAAGCCAAGCAUUUGCUGCGUGGCUCUAUCUUUGGAUCCAGCACACAAAAAGUGCCCGCGAAUCGCUAUGUAAACAACGGCUACGCCAUUGCCAUGGAAGUUCCAAGUAGCACCACUGGACCGAACGGACCCAUUACCGAAUCUUCAACGGACGAUGCUCAAAAGGUCGAAAGCUCUUCUGAAAACUGCAUGUGGCCCAAUGCUCUUCAGUACUCGCUGCUGCAGAAUGUUGUGGAAGCCUGCCAGAAGAAGAAGCACUGCAAGUUCCACGGCUCCCCGCAGUUCUACGGAUUGGGCGCCAGUGGAGUGGGCGAUUCAUCCGGCACCAGCAGCUAUCACAGCAGCACGGCCAGCUCCAAUGCAAUCAGCAGCGACCCCUGCCCCAAGCGCAGGAAAAUCGUCGAGAUCGCCUACAAAUGUCGCCCAUAUGAAUUCCGCAGCAAGGUGGCCUGCCACAACGAUGUCGCACAACUGGAAUGCAACCCGUACUCGCGCAUUGCCGUUUACAGUGCCAGCUUUGGACGCACAGAAUAUGAGAGCAUUCAGUGUCCCCAGCCGCAAGGGGUCCGUGAGGAGACAUGCCUUGCCUCAUUCGCCACGGAGACUGUGAUGCAAAUUUGCCAUGGACGAAGGCGGUGCAACCUGGCCGCUGAUGCGAAUACCUUUGGGACUCCGUGCCAGAAAAACUCGCGAAUGUAUCUGAAGGUUGUUUACACAUGCGUGCCGAAGCAAGUGUUAAAGGAGAGCAACGAGUCCGAGGUGGAGGCUGACGAAACGGAGGACUUUGAGGGCGACAUCAACGACCUGUACGACGAUGAGCUCAUCUACAAGGAGUCGGAGGCCAUACCCAAACUAUACAGUAAUAUCACAAAAACAGCGAGAGGCAACGCAACUGGCGGCGUCGGACCCGCUGCCAACUCCAAUCCAGAGGGCAUUCACACUGUAACUAACGGCUCACUGGACGCAGAUGCGGAUGGAAGUGGCGUCAAUCCGGUGAUGACACACAGUGCCGACUUAAGUCUAGAGGAUGACCAGCAGCGUCUCUAUUUGUAUCUGUUAAUUGCCGGCUCGGUCGGCGUGCUCUUCUCCAUUGUGAUUGUGGUCACGCGGCUGUUGCUGCAGAAGAGACGAAUGGCCAGUGAUACCCACUCCAACUCCUCCACCAAAGGGGGCACUAGUGGCGGCCUGGGCGACGAAACGACUAUUCCAAGCGGCUUUAACGACACAAUUUCCGAGAUAGACGCCGACAUUGACCUUACCACUUCGAUACCACUGCCCAGCGUAUCAAAGAACGAGAACUACAUCACUUACGCGCCUGCCAGCAGCCUGUAUGCCAGUCUAGCGCCCAGCCAACUGUCAACAGUUGGCGGACCCUGCGCGGCCUCCGCUUUGAUGCCCAAUCCCAUGCUAAUAGGCGCCCGCCAGUCACCGGAUCUCAUAGGCAUUGCGCCCAGCACAUAUGUAGCUACAAGCAGCGCAGGCAGCGCACCUUCAGCACAAGCCCCUAUGGCUGGCAUUCUGGCACCGGCUAUUGUAAUUGGCGCAAAAGGACCUGGCGUAGCUUUGCCUGGUAGUAGUGGCAUAAAUACCAUGGUGCCUAUUACAUCACUGACCCAGUACACAACGGCGCCCACCAUUCGUGGUGGGUAUAUCAUUAAUACGGAGGGCAUGAGCGUUGUUCAGCGGCCGACCAACACGCCGACGCCGCCGUCCUCUUUAGCCAGCGGCUCCCCGUCACAUCCACAAGCCCAACAGACACCGACUACAUCGCCCCUGGCCAUGGCCACAUUAAGUCAUGUGCCUGCCGGUGGCACAUCAACAUUGCGUCGCACAAAACCCGGUACGGCGGCUAUGCUACAUCCGCAACUAUCCUAUGAUGGCACAGCUCCACGUACUCUUUCAACUGGCUUACCAGUAAGCUCACAAUUCUAUUACGGAUGACCAACCAUUGCGGACAGCGAGCCUCACGUAUAUACCACAGCCAUCAACGUGACCUCCCCAAACGUCCAUAGCUAUACCAGACAGAGUGGGACAGGUGGUCAGACAGAGUCCCUGACUGGCUCCGAUUCAGACGCAGCUCAUGUGCCGGCAUCCGGACCCUAGCCACAAGUCGACAAUGGGUCAACAGUACCCUUGGCCGCUGCUAGCAUAAACGACAAUACAAAUCUACAGGGGAAUGACCUAAGCCCAGAGCCCUCCUCUCAGAGUCGGAAACAACAACAGGUGUGUACGGAGUAGAUGGCUCUUAGAGUCGGGACAACAAAGGUUGGCAUCUGUUUUUAAAAUAUAUGUAUGCAUAACUGUACUUAAAUGGACGAGCUUCCUGUAACUGUAACUGUAAAUUACUAAUGACUGGAACGGACACAUACGCAUACUUGCACAGUCCUAGGUCAGUACACAGUAGGCGUCAUCAUAUAGAAAAUUUAGGCUUCUGUAAUUUGUAGGUUAAGCAUUUAAGUGUUUGUCUGCAAAGAGCUCUCCAUGUGAGCGCGUGAAUGGAUCAGUAAAUGUAAGCCACAUACGUGAUAUUUCAUAUAUCUACGGGAAAAUAUUUUGGGCACAAUUUGAUUUUUGUUUUUUAAUUGCUUUGCCCACAAUGUUUAAUUACCCAGUCAUUGCCAUGGCAACGGAACCUAAUUACACAUUAGUUAGAAUUUGCUCAUACGAUGCUCCAGUUGAGCAGUCAAGAAACAGACGCCAGACAUUGGCUUUGGCAUCGGCAUCGGCAUCGGCAUCCGCAUUGCCAUCCGCAUCGACAUCAUUAAAUUAUGCGGUUCAACCAUACAAAUGAAAACAAAUUGCGUGAAGCUCAUUUAAUGUUAUCAAUAAUGUAAACGCACGCAUAAAUAUAAGCACACAAAUGCCAUGAAUACAUAGCUCCAACAGGCUCAAGCGUGCAACACAUAUAUCAAGGAUGCGAAAGCAACAACAAAAUGCCCAAAGUCGUUCGCAAAGGCAAAACUAAUGGGUUGUCCGCGCGGAGUACUGGCACAGGAACAGAGCUCCAAAUAUGUUCAUACUUCUAUUCAUGUGUAUCUGUGUGUAUGUGUGCGUACACACACACCCUCAUAAAUUUCAUGAUAUUCCCAUUUCCGUACCAAAAGGAAUCUUCAUAAUUGUCCGCACCUAUGAGAAUGCGACUGCGGGGUGUGUGUUCAACAAGACAAAAGCAUCGAGAGGAGGGAGAGAAGGAGAGAUAUAUUUUGUAACGUGUGUGCGUGUGUGUGCUUUGUUUUGAACGACGAGCCUCAUAAAUGCUUUAUUGGGCGGCUUAUCAUAGCGAAUAGGGCUUGUAGCGGUAGGUGGCAUCAUAACUCAGCCAUGUCGUACCACUUGUCGUAUGAGCGAUUUCGGUUGUGUGCAUAAUUCAGUGCUGUGUAUUUCGGAUUAAUGCGCUACAAAUGGAUGAGCGUAAUUAAUAUCCGGCAUCGAAUAGCUGUACCUAUGGAGCACAGCAAGCUUCUGGCCAGCGGGCUAAUGAAUUGCUGCUGCGUGCCAAGGUAGGCAGGAACUAUCAAAAUGUGUAUAUAUAUUUAGGCGUGUGUGACUGAAUGUAUGAAUCUGUGUGAAUGUGAAGGCCAGUAGAGAGCUG